CCUUCACCACUUGGAGCCGGCUGUGAGGAAAUAAAGGAGCGGCUAGGGAACCACGCGUGUAGGAAACCUGUUCGCAGCUAUAAAAUCACUACAGCUGAAUUAAUGGCGACGAAGACCACCCCGUUCCUCCUCCGAGCUCUGGUGGAGAUGACAGAGACUCAGUCGUACAACGUGCUGAGGAGAAAUUCCAGCAAAAGCACCAUCAGACAUUUGAGCUCUUGUGGUAUCUUAGCAACACAGCAUGCCAGCUUGCCCCUCCCACCUGUGACAUCACAGGCUGUGCCCACUCGGAACUUUAUUAACCUGGCUGCCCCCCUUGUAGCACGGAGAAUGGAGUACUCCGAGAACCGGACUAUUGGUUACUCAGCGGAGCAAAUAUACAACAUAGUAGCCAACGUGGAGCACUACCAGCAGUUUGUGCCAUGGUGCAAGAAGUCAAAGGUCAUGAAGGGGCGGAACGGAGAUGUGCAGGCACAGCUGGAAAUCGGAUUCCCCCCCAUUGUUGAACGCUAUGUCUCCGAGGUUACCGUCAUCCCCAACCACCAAGUCAGAGCCGUGUGCACAGACGGAUCGCUGUUCAGUCACCUCGAGACGGUCUGGCGGUUCACGCCUGCUUCUGGGAACCAGGGUGAUUCCUGUAACGUGGAGUUCUACGUGUCGUUUGAGUUCAGGUCACUGCUCCACUCUCAGCUAGCAACACUGUUCUUCGACGAGGUAGUUAAACAAAUGGUCAACGCUUUUGAGACGCGAGCGGGAAAACUUUAUGGCCCCCAUAGCCAUCCACAGGAGACCACCAAGAGGAGAGCGACCUGAGAACACUACUCAAAGACUUUUUACAAAAAAGACUUCCUUACAGUGCGACACAAUCACUGUUCACAAUCAGAGCCUUUAACUGUGGAGAAGAAGAAGACUGGUGCUUCUGUUUAGUCUCGUCCUGGACAGCGGACUCUAAACGCUGCUAUACUCACAAUGUGCACAAACUCAAUGACAAAGGGAAAUGAACAGGAGAUAAUAUGGCUAUUUAUUCAUUCACAUGAUUUAAUUUAUUUACUUGAAUGUAUUUAUCGCAAAUAUACAUUUUAUAUUUUGGGUAAUUGUAAUGUUAAGGAUAUAGAGAGAAUAGUUUUCUUUGAAGUAUAAGAAUGUGUUUCUGUGUAAGACCAAGGAACAGCACUGAGCUGUUUCGCUGAUUUUGAAUGAGUUAUUUUUUAAGCAUAGCUGAGUUUCUUCUGGGUAAUUGUUUUUAUGUUGAACCAAAGUUUUUAUAUAUUUCAGCCGAUGACAGCAAGAUUGAUAAACCAUAUAUUUUGUUAUUAAGUUAGCACUAAGCUAUGCAGCACACAUUUUUUUUGUUUUUCUGCGACAAAAAGAACACUGAUUUGGUAAAAUCUGUUUUUUCUGUACCAGCUUGUAAAAUCUUGAGCACUUUGACUACUUAUUAAAUUUUUGGAGUAAAUAUAUUUAAUAAAAUUUUUUAUUAAAUUAAA